AUGAAGAGAAGAUUCGGAUUGAGCUUGGAAAAGGAUGGACCUUAUGCGAUUCUGGUCGUUGCUUCUACCGCUAUCCUUUCUGGCUUUUGCUUCGGAUUUACGGGCUUUCAACAAGUUUUAACUGCGCAAUGGAAAGUGCACUUUCAGCUUCCGAUUCAGGUUGCUUCAUUGCACCAGCGUUUUUCUCAGGAAAAGUUGGAAUAA